AUGAACCAAACUGCAUCCGUCUCGCAUCAGAUCGAGUACCAGUCCAGCAAAGACACCAAGGUGGCGUUCAAGGUGGCCAAGUACUCCCUGUCAGCUGACCUGAAGUUCGCCCUCUUUGCUUACGAUGUCAAACCGGUGUACAGAUACUCCUACACGGCCUCGUACAUCGUGUACAACCUGUACACCAGGGAAGUAUUGGAGCUGAACCCUCCAGAGGUUCAGAACGCCGUGCUCCAACACGCCGCCUGGGGAAGACAAGGACAGCAGCUGGUCUACAUUUUUGAGAACAACAUCUACUACCAGUCAGACGUGAGGAGCACCUCCCUAAGGAUCACCUCCUCUGGGAUGGAGGGCGUCAUCUUCAACGGGAUCGCUGACUGGUUGUACGAAGAUGAGAUCCUGCACUCCCACCUGGCUCACUGGUGGUCACCUGACGGGGAGCGGCUGGCCUUCCUCACCAUCAACGACACGCUGGUGCCCACCAUGUCUCUCCCCCAGUUCACGGGCAGCACCUACCCCCGGGGCCUGCACUACCCCUACCCCAUGGCGGGUCAGACCAACCCUGCAGUGAAGCUGUCGGUGGUAAACUUGUUCGGCGCGACCCACACUCAGGAGCUGCAGCCGCCGGAUCAGCUCCGAUUCAGGGAUUUCUACAUCUCCAUGGUGAAGUGGAUCAGUAACACACACCUGGCCGUGCGCUGGCUCAACCGGGCCCAGAACGCUUCCCUGCUGACGGUGUGCGACGCCACCAUAGGAGUGUGUCUGCAGAGACGCAAGGACUCGUCAGAAACCUGGAUCUCCAGACAGAGACAAGAGCCGCUGUUCUCCAAGGACAGGAGCAGGUUCUUCCUCGCUCUGCCCGUCAAACAGGGAGGCCAGGGAGACUUCCACCACAUCACCAUGUUCACCAGAAAGUUGCGGAGCGACCAGGAUGAAGUCCGACACCUGACGUCCGGGGGCUGGGAGGUGACCAGGAUCGUGGCCUACGAUGAAAACAACCAGAUCAUAUACUUCCUGAGCACGGAGAACGGUACCCAGCAGAGACAUCUGUACAGUGUGUCCACCCUGGGCUUGUUUCCACGGCGAUGCCUCACCUGCGGGCUGAGGAAGGAGUGCUCGUUCUUCGACGCCGACGUCAGUCCCGACUCACGCCACGCCAUCCUGCGCUGUCAAGGUCCUGGUGUCCCGGCGGUGCUGCUUCUAAGUUUCAACGACGUGGGAUCGCGGUUCCUCCUGGAGGACAACCUCCCUCUGCAGGCGGCGCUGGAGACCCGGAGAUCGACUCCCACCGAGAUCCGGGCCAUCACCAACGACAACUUGGAGCUCCCUCUGAAGCUCAUUUAUCCUCCGGACUUCUCAGAGUCCUACCUCUACGGCCUUCUCCUCAUCGUCGGCAGCGAUCCCGGCGAGCAGGCGGCGACGGACGAGUUCCGGCUGGACUGGGACUCGGUGGUGGCGGGAUCGGAGCACGUGGUGGUGGCGCGGCUGGACGGCCGAGGCUCCGGGUUCAGAGGCCUCAGGGUUUCCCAGCCGCUCCACCAGAGGCUCGGCUCGGUGGACGUGGACGACCAGAUCGCAGCUCUGGAGUUCCUGGUGAAGCUGCCGUUCAUCGACCGCUCUCGCGUGGGAGUCUUCGGAGAGGGAUACGGAGGCUACGUGGCUCUGAUGAUGCUGAAGUCGACGGAGAGGCUGAUCCGGUGUGAGGCGGUGCAGGCUCCCAUCACCGACUGGACCAUCUACGCUUCGGCCUUCUCGGAGAGAUACUUUGGUUCGCCGUCAACGGAGGAGAACAGGUACCAGGUUUCCAGAGUGCUCCCCAACAUGAAAGGUCUUCAAGGAGGAACCCUGUUCCUCGCCCACGGCACCGCCGACGCCAACGUUCACUUCCAGCACUCGGCAGAGCUGAUCAAACACCUAAUAAAGAUCGGAGCCAACUACACCAUGCAGAUCUACCCAGACGAAGGCCACUUCCUGUCCAGACGCAGCCGGAUCCAGUUGACCCAGUCCCUGAUCGGAUAUUUCCGAGGAUGCUUGCUGGACACGACGGCAGCGCUCGAGCAGCAGGACGACGAGUGAGAGCCAACGGGCCGUUGAUGUGUGUGUUUCUGAGCGUGCCCUGGUAGACUGAGUGUGUGUGUUUGUUUUUUUUAUACCUGUAGCACAAUGUUUGAUGGGUAAAGCAAGCUAGUUGAUGACACACGCUGGAGACCUUAACGCUGGUCUGGGUAGCAGUACCACCUCUGACCACACGGGGGGGGUGGCAGCAUAUCCAUGACAUACAUCUGGAUUCUUCAUCUUAAAGCAGCACUAUGUAACUUUUCCUCCUUAAUCUAAUAUUUCAUCAUCAUCAUUGUGAUGGAACAUCAACUUCCAACAGGUUUAAUUAACCUCUGUUAUGGUCUGAGGGGUCUGUAUCUCCUUCACUGGCACUAUGUAACUUUGAGGAGCAUGGUAGGAACCCUGCCACACUAAAAAACUACACAUUUUUACGGCUUUGACUGCUUUACGGCAUACGUCACUUCCCCCUCCU